CGGCUCCGUUCAGGCUGAGGCUUCGCGCCCGCCGUCGCCAUGGCUCGAGACGUGAAGAGCAAACUGUCCAAGAACCUGAUGCGAAUGAAGUUCAUGCAAAGGGGCUUGGAUUCGGAAACCAAAAAGCAGCUCGAAGAAGAGGAAAAGAAAAUCAUCAGCAAGGAGCAUUGGUUCCUGGAUUUACCAAAACUGAAGGAGAAGGAGAGCUUUAUAAUAGAAGAACAAAGCUUUCUGCCGUGUGAGGAUCUGCUUUACGGCAGAAUGUCGUUCAAAGGCUUCAAUCCUGAAGUUGAGAAGUUAAUGAUCCAGAUGAACUCGAGGUACAAGACGGAAGAAAUCAAAGAGGAAGAUAAUGCAAUGGAGGCUGAUGUAUCGGAUGAAGAAAUGGCCAGAAGGUACGAGACAUUGGUUGGAACUAUAGGGAAGAAAUUUUUGAAGAAGAGGGACCGGCGCGCCCUACAAAGCACAGAUGAGGCCGAAAACGGUCCCCAUGGGCCUAGCAAAGUGAAGAAAAUGUUUUUAAAACCCCAGGAUUAA